GCGCCUGUGAAUUCAUAUCAUUUCAAUGUUACGUUUCUGGGUCAACUUAAUGUUAUAGACUCCUAACAAAGUUCAGUAAAAUGUGAUUCUAUAAUAAGAAAUGAUACGUGACUGCCGGGAGCUUCUAGUCAGAUGUGGAUGAUUUGUUGCUGAUGAAAAUGACUGUUAUCGACAAAACACCACUUCCUGUACGAAACUGUCAAUAUCCUGUGUGAUUCCUUUUACCAAUGACGGCAUUAACCCUCUUUCUUGUGUCCGCGCUCCUGGGUAGCAGGGGGCAACAUAUGCUGUUGUUUUUGACAAGCUCAGGACAUGCUGACCAGACAUCGUACAACGGAGUGAAUACGUUAACUGACAUUUAAGAUCUAGAUAUACAUGACAAUGGUUGUCACGGGAACUGGAUAUUUGUUGCUGUGGAUAAUCCCGACCGGAGGAUUACUAAUGUUUGUGAGCGGCGUUGGCGCAGCAGCAUCGUGUUUGAAUGGAAAAUUAGUCAACUGUGUUCGUGACUCAUGCAAAAGAACUAGCGCGGGGAGGACUGUGUGCGCUGAAGGUUGUGUUGACGGGUUCUACGGGAUGAGUUGCAGAAUCCCAUGUCCUGAAGACUGCUUAGAAUGCCAGCGCACAAGCGGAAGUUGCACAAAAUGUUCAAAUGGUCUCUUGGGAGAAAACUGUGACGUUGCAUGUGAACAAAUGUGUCGUGGAUUUCGGUGCUUCAACAAUGGAACGUGCUCGGAUACUACAUGUCUUGAUGGGUGGUUUGGCCUGCGUUGUGAAUGUAAAGCAAGUAACACUAUUCAGUCAGGGGACAGAGGCAGGAUUUGUUUACCUCACUCUUGGGGGACAUGCUGCAACAGAACUUGUCCAAACAAUUGUAGGAACAACAGAAGUGGUCGCCUGUGUAACUUGACGACGGGUCAGUGCAUCGCUGGUUGCAAGAAUGGCUGGGUUGGAAAGACAUGCAAUUCGACCUGUAACGAAAGCAGCUGUAAGCACACGCCCACGUCCACCGUUAUAGUGGAAGUCCAAAGGACGUUCUCUUCGUGUUUACCGAACGAAUGGGGAGAAUCUUGUAGCAACACCUGCCCUGAAGGAUGCACCAAAAUAGACACUGCACGAGGAUGUGAUGUAAAAACAGGUGUCUGCAUUAAUGGCUGCAUGGUCGGUAAGUAUGGGCCUACAUGUGACAUGAAAUGCCCUGAGAAUUGUGCGAACGGAACCUGUAACAUCAAUGAUGGGACUUGCGAUUGCAUCGACGGAAUGUGUGGAGAUGUAUGUCAGCUGCCAUGUGGAUCUACAGACAAACCAGAUGGGCCUGUGUCAAUGGUUUCAAGUGGAACACUGAACAUAGCAGUAUCAAGUCUGUUUGUCGUUGUCGCAGCACUAAUCUGUUUUCAGUGUCGACACGCCAUUAAGAAACACUUCAUCAACAGGCAUGGAGAUACAGGGACGAACGAACAUGUGCAGGAAGAAGAUGAUACCGAACAGGACGUACAUCUCAACGAGGGACAUAGAUACUAUUCUAUCGACGAUUCUGACUUGGACAAUAGCUGUUCGCAAGUCCAACAAGAUGGUAUGCAGUCUGACAAUAACAUCAACAUUUUACAGAGAAAUGAUCGAGGAGACUCUGCAGUGUAUAGUCAUGAUGGCUAUGCAGAUUGCGUUUCACUUCCUGAUGAAACUGAACCAACCAAUGAUUUGCCGUCUGACAGUAUAGUCUGCGAUUCUGAUGGUGUCUUACAUUAUAUUGACAGGUCUGGCACCAUCGCCAUUACUUACAUCACUCCACAGACAUCCGGUUGAACCAUGGGUCGGAUGAAAUGAAUAUGUAUGUCACACUUGGCUCAAGAUACAUUUGUGGAGUAAUUACUACCCAAAAUAAUAUGUUUUAUCCGGAAUACGUUUCCAUACACCGUGUUGUUUUCUUAAAUAUCGUCCCCCACCCCCAUCUGUACAUAGAUAUAUCGCAGGAACUUCCUCGUUUUUCUUCCGUAUCUUGUCAACUUUUGAUCAUUACUUUCAAUAAAGAUUUUUCAA